AGAAGCCGGAGACCGGUGAAUGUGGCUGAGUCGUUUGAGGGGGAUGGUCAAAAUGACUCAGUCCAAGGGGAGUGUCUUUUUGCAGACGCUGAAUCCGAUGACGGGUCAAACCGAAUGGCAGAUGCGUCCCCCAGACUAUGAUUAUCAGCAAGAGGUGGCUCGUGCGGCUUUUGCCGACAUGCUCCACGAUACGGAACGGAAUAAGUUGUAUUACGAGGCGUUGAAAAUCGCCAUUCGGCUAAAACGUGAACAAGGCCAACCCGUUCAUGUUCUGGAUAUCGGAACGGGCACGGGUUUACUGUCCAUGAUGGCUGCUCGCAUUGGAGCAGAUUCCAUCACUGCCAUUGAGGAAUUCCGUCCUAUGGCCAAUUGUGCCGAGAAAGUGAUCCGGGACAACGGCUUCGCUGAUCAGAUCAAGUUAGUUCGCAAGCGAUCCACCUAUGUGACCGUAGGUCAAGGCCAGGACAUGGCUCAAAAAGCCAACAUUUUGGUGACAGAAGUGUUUGACACGGAACUUAUCGGCGAAGGAGCCAUUGGGACGUUCAACCACGCCCACGAGAACCUUUUAACGCCGGAUUGCAUGGUGGUGCCUUCAUUUGGCACCAUGUUCGCUCAGGUUGUUUCGUCUGAUCUUUGUUCCCGUUGGAACACCGUCCAGCCCAUCAAAUUGAGCGACCAACUCUCGUUAGAUCCGCCGGAUGAAGAAGUAGACGGGAUCUCGUUCGCCUUGCACGACGUGCAAAUGUCGCAGGUCCAGGAAACGUGGUUCACACCUAUCACGAAACCCGUGCCAGUUUUCAAUUUUGACUUCACGGGUCGUUCUGGACCGCUACCCGUCAAUGAUAUGAGCUGUCUGCCUCAAUUGGCUUCCGUCAAGGGCAAAUGUGAUGCCAUUUUCAUUUGGUGGGAAUUGAAAAUGGAUCCAUUGAGUCAGGUCACACUUUCGUGCGCUCCAAAGUGGGCCCAUCCGAAUCCGAAAGAUAUUCCUUGGCGAGAUCAUUGGAUGCAGGCCAUCUAUUACCCGAUGUCACAAGUCCAUUUGAACGAGGGUGAAUCCUUUAAUCUCAUCAGUAGACACGACGAGUACAGUCUCUUCUUCGAUGUGUCGAAAACCAACACCGGGCAUGCCAAUGAUAUCAGUGGACCUCCAUCGAAGAGAGGCAUCCAAUGGGCUGUCUCACGACUACGAUUGGGUCAGAUGAAUGAUCCCGAGCGCAAUGCCAAACUCGUUCAAGUCAUCAAAAACGCCUUAAACCAAGUUGACAGCAAUAACGGCUCGAGUUGGCUUUUCCUCGGAGAACUGAGCUUCAUGCCCUUGAUGGCCGCCAAAUUGGGCGCACCCAAGGUGGUUCUAGCCGAAGGUAACACUCAGAUGAUCAAGGUCCUCAAAGCGUUUGCCAAGAAGCAUGACCUUCAGGAGAGAUUGGUCAUCAUUGAGAAGCCCGUGGUGGAACUGACCAAUAAGGAUCUAGCCCCUUAUCGGAUCGAGGUGGUGCUCACAGAACCGUAUUUCUCGGCCAGUCUCCUUCCCUGGCACAAUCUGUUGUUCUGGUACUCUCUGAAUGAGGUGUUGCCUGGUGGUGACUCGGAUAUGGAGUACAUUCGAUCGUUGCCUCAAGGAGCCUCUAUCUGGGCUGUGCCCGUGGCCUACAAAGACCUAUGGAAAAUCCGCUCUCCUCUCCAUGAUGCCGAGGGAUUCAAAAUGACCCACUUUGACGAAAUCAUCAUGCAAGCCUGUGAUGAGAGUGAUGCAGACGUAGAGCCUCAUCCGUUAUGGGAGUAUCCGUGUCGAGCCAGUGGACAAGCCAUUAAAUUGAUGGAUUUUGAAUUUGCUUACGCCCUUCCGGAGCAAGUGGUCCAAAAACAAACCACGUUGGAGGUAGCCUCCGAUUGCAAUGGCAUGGCUUUGUGGAUGGAAUGGCACUUGGACGACGAGACAACCAUCUCGAAUGGACCCAAAGAACCUGUUGAAGUCGGAGACAAGGUCAAUUGGGACAUGCACAGCCAUCAGGGAGUCUCCUUCCUUCCCCAACACCAAAGAGGCCGCUUGACAGUGAAUUCUAUGGUCCAAUGCACGGUCACGUUCAACCCCAAAGAGGGCGAUUUGGCUUUCCAAUUUAGUGUAGUCGAAUAAUGGAACAUGCGCUGAAUAAACGCGUUUUUAGUUGA